CAUGCAGAAGAAUUGUUCUCCAUGAGUCGCUCCGCUUCACUCACGGCUGGAUUUCUGCGUUGAUGAUUCUCCUCAAACAGCUCGUUUUCUAAGGCUUGGUUUUUGAGGCAGGAGAGAAAAUGGCUCAAAGCGCGCUGCUUUUUUUAUUAUGGCUAUUCGGCACAUCUAUCGCUGGCUUCCCCAAUCAAAUCAAUAUCGGUGGGCUCUUCAUGCGUUCCACCGUGCAAGAACACAGUGCUUUCAGAUUCGCUGUGCAGCUCUACAACACCAAUCAGAACAUGACUGAGAAGCCCUUCCAUCUCAAUUACAACGUAGAUAACCUGGAGUCCUCCAACAGUUUCGCUGUCACUCAUGCAUUUUGUUCACAGUUCUCCAGAGGGGUGUAUGCCAUCUUCGGCUUCUAUGACAAGAAGUCCAUGAACACGCUGACCUCCUUCUGUGGGGCCCUCCACACCUCCUUCGUCACUCCCAGCUACCCCAUCGACUCCGACGUGCAGUUUGUCAUCCAGAUUCGCCCUCCAUUGAAGGGCGCCGUCCUGAGUCUCCUGUCUCACUACAAGUGGAACAAGUUUGUCUACCUCUAUGACACAGACAGAGGAUUUUCCAUUCUUCAAGCCAUUAUGGAGGCUGCAGUGGCAAACAACUGGCAAGUUACAGCGCGGUCGGUGGGCAGCAUCACGGACCCCCAGGAGUUCCGGCGCAUCAUUGAGGAAAUGGACAGGAGGCAGGAGAAGCGCUUCCUCAUCGACUGUGAAGUGGACAGAAUCAAUGUCAUCUUGGAGCAGGUAAACCCUGCUGACACUGAUAUCCGAGAUAAGUUUCUGGACCGUGGUCCUUCAGAGACCUGCAGCGAGAGCUGA